AUUGGUACCUGGAUCUAAGUUCAGACAUUCAGUAUCCUGGAGGCCUGUCUGCACCUCGCCGUCAGAGCUCACAGGCCUGCAACCGCCUGGACCAGUGAGGGCUGCAGGGCACAGCCAUGGGGAACACACACGCAAGUCUGGAUGACAUCCUCGCUGAGGACAUGCACCACUGGUAUAACAAGUUCAUGCGGGAGUCUCCAUCAGGCCUGAUCACACUUUUUGAGCUCAAGUCCAUCCUGGGACUGCAGGGGAUGAAUGAGGAUGCUAACAGUUACGUGGACCAAGUGUUCUUCACUUUCGACACGGAUGGGGAUGGAUACAUCGAUUUUGUGGAAUAUAUCGCUGCUAUCAGCUUAAUGCUCAAGGGGGGAAUCAACCAGAAACUCAAAUGGUACUUUAAACUUUUUGACCAGGAUGGCAAUGGAAAAAUUGACAAGGAUGAAUUGGAAACAAUAUUUACUGCUAUACAAGACAUCACAAGAAAUCGUGACAUUGUGCCAGAGGAAGUAGUGGCUCUUAUAUUUGAAAAGAUUGAUGUUAACGGAGAAGGUGAACUGACGCUGGAGGAGUUCAUUGAAGGAGCCAAAGAUCAUCCUGACAUUAUGGAUAUGCUGAAGAAACUGAUGGACCUCACUCCAGUCCUGGUCAUUAUUGUCGAAGGGCGACAGAAACCAAUCAAUGCGAGUUAGGCUGGAUAAACUCCAUCUCAAUGACAGAGAAACCAGAAAAUUGCCCACCUGAAAACCAAAUGAAUUGAGAGUUUGGUAUUCCCACUCUUGAGGAACAGAUGCAGCUUCCCACCACAGCUGUGUGAUUUCCUCAACAGAAAAUUCUCAGGGGAACUUAGACUUUUGCCCAAGCAUUGUGCUGUCUGAACCCAGUGGAGAUACCAAGCCUUGCAUCUGAGCUGUCCUCAGCUGAACAUUGAUCUUCUAAUGCUAUAAGGGAUUCAGUAGACUAAGGAACCGCUGGCAAGGCUUAGGAGUGAGCAAUGUGGGGCUUUUUAAGGAAAGGCUCAGUGGAGAACACUAGUGACUUUCAUUGGAUGAGCACAUCAUAUAAUCCAUGAAUUGUAUACAGCAUCACUAUAUUGCUCUGAGAGUGAACUGAGACAGUCCAUUGCCGACGUGGCCUGAAUUGCCCUUAAAACUGUGAAAUUACUGUAUAUAGAGCAGUGGUUCUCAGCUGUUUUACACUGGACAUCAAAUGGCAACCCAACACAGAACGAAAAUAGUUUAUUGUACAAAAUGUACCUGUAAAUCAAAUAUUUCUAUAGAAUGUUGUAUAUUACAAUAAACACAAUAUUUGGCCACAAAAGGCUGACAUCAACAUUCUUUGACGUUAUUAACCAUGUGGGACAUUGUGCCUGUUUAUUUUGCUGUCCGUGACCCAUCAGAACAGACCUAAGACCCAUUUCUCAUUUGAGAACCACUGAUAUAACAUCACAAAUAAAGCACUUUAUCAAGGGACAGUAUCAAAUUUACCUGAUAAAGUUAGCUGAUGCAGUAGGUGCAAAAGAAAUUCAUUAAAUGCAUUUCCAUAUAUCAUCUUUUUAGCUGAUCUAAACUUAGCUGUCAAAACAGUAAAACUA